AUGGAUGUAGACACAUCAGUCGCAACCUCGUCGACCGCUCGGGCUAUCAAUACGCCACGCACCGGGCCUACACCAGCGCCCCGAACUGUGGCUGCAACAGCGCCGGCAACUACACCGGCAACAACGCCGGCAACUACACCGGCAACAACGCCAGCAACUGCACCGGCAACAACGCCGGCACCUGUACCGGCAACCGCGCCCGCAGCGGUGCUUACCCCCGCACCUCGUGGCGGCACCCGACCACCAUCGACUGCAGCGAGGACUUCAGAGACCCGUCGGAUAAGGUGUCCCAUCUGUCGACGCCCUCAUCGUCUCCACCAUUGUGGAAUAUUUAGGGGUAUGCGGCCUUUGCAAGGGCAGCAAGUGGCUCAGGCCCACGGGCAUUGCCUCAACUGCCUGUCGCACACUCAUGCGACUACAGAGUGUGAGUCACGUGGGCUGUGCCAAAUGUGCCACCGGCCGCAUCACACGCUGCUACACCGCAGCUCGUCACGCGAAAUUCAGGAAGUGGUUUAG